UCAGAAAGUCGCGCUAUGCGCGUUGACUUUCAAAGAAAAAAUAACAUACGUAUGCAAUUUUAAUUAUUUCUCCCCAAAGAUCGCCGUUAGAAUAAGAUGGAGGAAUCGAAUGAUCGAUUGAAAUUUAUCUGUCAAUCAUCCCGAGAGGAAAGGUGAAUAUAAUCACAUUCGAAAAAUAAAUUCCCAAGAUAUGAUAAUUAUGGAAUUCACUCGAAUCGGUCCUUGCAGGUAAAUGAGAAAUCAGAUUAAAUUACAAAUCGGGGUGAUCGCGAAUACGGUAUUUUUGUUUUUUUUUCCGGGGGUCUAAUUGUAAUUGACGAUAUACCUGAGUAACGAUAAUAAUAACAACGGCGACCCCGCACCCCUAACCGAAGCCGAAGUCAACCACGUCUCGCGCACUAUACUUUACACAAUAUUGCGAUCAGUCAACGAUCGCCUUUUCCACGAUGAACACGUACCGUGAUAAGGCGCGAAAUUAGGAAUUCGCCGAUCACGAAUUUUUCUCGUCCAAAUUUACGAAUUUAGUAGACCGGCAGAAAAAUUCUCCGCAGCAAAUCAUUACGAAUUUAAAUGACGACAUAAUCGCGCGAAGCGUGGAGAAAAAAAUUUUCAACGAUUCGUGUACAAGCUGAAGAUAAUAAAAGUUUAACAAGAUUUCUCCGUGUGGCAAUAAGAGGAAGGAGAUAAUUGACAGUAACCGUAUCAAUUGAUUAAUUAAGAUGCAGACCGAAAGUAUAAAACUUUAAUUGAUAAUAUUUGAUGAAAAUGUCAGUCGCAUCGGCGUUAUUAUUUUUACGCUUAAAUUAUUAAGUGCACUUUCAUAGGCAGUUAAAUUAUAGAGGAGAGCUUCUGUGUAUGAUCGGUGGAUGUGGCUUAAAUAGCAUAUCAAAUACGGCGGUGACAAGAAAAUGACGCAGUACAGCAGCGGUAGUGGAAGUAGUACGAGUAGCAAUGGUCAACAUGACCUUGGCGAUCGAUCACAACGAUCCACGGAAGAGAAAUUGAUGGUCGCAGUACGCAUCAGACCUUUAAAACCCGAAGAUGGAGGUACUAGGGUUCUGCACGCGAUCAACGAUAAGAUGGUCGUUCUUGAGGAUGUUGACGGUGAGAAAGGAGAUGUUCUUCGACAAAAACGGGGUGCUUCGCGUCAAUAUCUUUACGAUAUGGCGUUCGGUGAAGAUUCGACCCAAGAAGCAGUGUACGGUGGGACGACCAGGUCCCUUGUUCAGGAUGUUUUGAACGGUUACAACGCGACGGUAUUCGCUUACGGGGCGACCGGAGCUGGAAAAACUCAUACGAUGGUUGGAAGUUCGUCGGAACCUGGAACGAUGGUGCGGGCUCUUAACGACGUCUUCCUCGCAGCUAGGGAACUACCCGCAAAUGUAGAGUUCACGGUAACGAUGUCAUACAUGGAAAUAUACAACGAGAAUAUCCGAGACCUUUUGAACCCGGGAACAGGGUACUUGGAAUUGCGCGAAGAUUCGCGAGGGAGAAAUAUUCAAGUGUCAGGACUUUCCGAAAUAUCGACCAAUUCGACGGAAGAGGUGAUGCAACUUCUGCACAAAGGUAAUCGAGCUCGUACAGUCGAACCGACGGCUGCUAAUAAAACUUCAUCCAGAAGUCACGCUCUAUUGAGCGUCACGGUGAGACAAUCUCAUCCUAUUCAAGAAAAUGAUCGACCUGCAGUAAGGACGCGCAUAAAACAAGGACGUCUGUUCAUGAUCGAUUUGGCCGGAUCUGAAAGGGCGAAACAAACAAAGAAUCAAGGUAAACGGCUGCAGGAAGGUGCGCACAUAAAUCGUUCGCUUUUAGCACUCGGAAACUGCAUAAAUGCGUUGUCAGGUGGUGCACGUUACGUAAAUUACCGAGAUUCAAAAUUGACGAGAUUAUUGAAGGAAGCACUGAGCGGUAAUUGCCGUACUGUUAUGAUCGCCCACGUAUCACCUUCCAGCACGCACAGAGAUGAGAGCAAGAACACCUUAGUUUAUGCCGACAGAGCUAAUUCCAUAUCAAAUAAAGUCGAAAGAAAUGUUCUCGACGUCAGCUAUCACGUCUCCCAGUAUAGAAAUAUCAUCAGUGAUCUGAAAAACGAAAUAUCCAGACUGCGCAACAAAAUGCAAGACGACAGGCCAAGGUCCAACGAAGCUCUCGACGAGCACACCGGCAAUCUGAAAACACUGAGAGAAAAAAUUGUGUCAACCUUCAGGGAACAGAUGAGGUUGAGGCGGAAGCUAAUGGAACUCGACAGUCAUCUUCUUGGAUUAAAAAUGGCGGCGGAACAACAACAUGCUAUAAUAUCACAGUGGGAAUCACGUAAUAAUAAAUUGUAUAAAAACACCAGAAGCUCAACCGCUCGACGAAUGGGGGUGGAAAACUUUGAAGUCGACGAUGACAGAGAUUUCCUUGAAGAAAUCGAACAUGACGCGGCCAUGCAGCACGCUUGGGCAGAGCUUGCGGAAAUUAAUAGAGAGCAAGAAAGAUACGCUGAAAUGCGCGCCGCCGCUGAUAGAGAAUUGGAAAAUUGUCGUCAGCGUAGUUUACUGCUCGAAGACGAAUUGCCUUCGCGAAUUAGUUCGGACGAGGAGAGAGAAUUGUUGGCAUUAAUGCUGCGAGUUCACGAACUUGAAGCUGACAAAAUGAUGUUACAGAGCGAAAGAUUGGUGAAACAACACGAACUUCGGAGACGCGAAUUAUUGAUACUUCGAUACGACAGACAGCGUCAAAUAUCCGAGGAAAUAAUCACGAGACAGAGGCAGUUGAUGGAGGAUGGGCGAUUAACUCUUCCCGCGGACUUGCAGGAACUGUACUCGAUGUAUCAACAAGAAAUUCAUGCCACGACAUACGCCGAGUCGAAUAUUCACGACCAACCGGGAUCCAGUUCUGGAUUCGCCAAAAAAUUACCCCCCAUAUCCACCAGAUUCGGUUUUGACAGUGCAAUGACCGAUUACCGUGGAAAUAAUAGUUCUACAGAAUCGGAAUGGGAACCUUCUCCUCUGCCGCAAAUCGAGGAGCCGGCGGACGUCAGUCAAAUAAUGGGACCCGCCGUACAUCCAUUAACGUCAAUAGGAGAUCGAUUCCCGCCAAUAUCAGCAGCUAUUGGUAGUAGAAAGUUAGACAAAAAGCUCAGAAGAACGGCUAGCGAAGACAGCAUGAGCUACGGCACGAGCUUCCAAAAAAAUAGCACCUGAUACACGAAUAACGACCCACGAAAUUCCGUAGGUCGCGCAAUUAACGCGAAAAAUAUUGAUAUGGAUUAUGUAUUCGAAGAUGAAGAUGAAGACAACGUAGAAGUGGCGGUGAAAUUAGCAGCAAUAAAUUUGAAAAAAGUAGCAAACAGAUGAUAGCCGAGGAAAAAAAAUUCAAAUUCAUUCACCCCAAAUUGCAUACGCACAAAUGUGUUAUAAUAUUUUUGCGAUAUUAUCCCUUGGAACGAACUAGUUACUCGAACAAUAUAUUGUUGUGUUCCGCACAAAGGUAUUGCGGAAAUUCGAUAUUUUCAAACGUAGAUGAAACUGCAAAUAUUGUGUUAUUUACAUUUGCGGAUUUAUAAUCUAACAGUAUUAGUUGAGCUGAAUAAAUUUUAUUUUUAUCUUUUGUUUGAGCAUCAAUAAAAUACAAGCUUUAGGAUGAAACCGAAUAAUGGACCAGAAAAGCUAUGCUUCUCUGAAGAAAUUUUAUCAACAAUAUGAGAAACUUUGAGAGGAAAAAGAUAUUGAACAAUUAAAUUCAUGUCACUGUAUAGUAAAUAAUCGAAAUAAAAUAUUUGUUUGGAUUACUUUGAUGAGAAAUAAUAACUGUUAGAUGCUGUUACACUACACUGGAGUGAAGUGUAAUUACAGUGAAAUUAAUUGGGUAAUUAAAAUAUCGGUAGUCCUCUUUGUUUUAUAUAAUAAUGUCGUUUAAAAACACUAGCUCAUAUAAAAUUAUUUCGAGGUCAAUUGAAUUCGCAAUACCAUCAUAUGUUACAACAAUACAUUAUACUUAGUAUGGAAACCAUUUUUUCAUUUGACGCGUAUCAAAAAAAAAAGAGAAAAGAUUCUCUUUAUCAUCCGUAUAGACAGGUAGUACGAAAGAUUCCAUUUAGUACAUAUGAGAAAAAAAACAUGCAGCAUGAGAUAAAUACAUCAUAGUUUUCCCAUUGAAACUCCGUUUUCCUUGUUUGGAGAUUAGAAUUAAUGAAGUAGUGGAGAUGCCUGACAAUAAAACGAAAGAAAUAUCCCUUA